AUGCCCUCUCUACUCAUCAGCGUUCUAUUCCUUCAUAUUGCCAUUUACAUUAUCAAUACUAUUGCAGCUUCUACAAUUGAUAGCCUGCUAUGGCUCAUCUACAUGAAACUGCCAACCAGCGCAUCCUGCAUCGCCAGAGAACAGCACCAGAUGAAACUGGAAGUAGUGCAACUGAAGCGCGAAAUGAACGCAACAAGCUCACAGGACGAGUUUGCAAAAUGGGCCAAAUUACGACGACGCCAUGAUAAGGCGUUAGAGGAGUAUGAAGUUAAAAACAAACAAUUCAGCCGAUUCAAAUCUUUCUUCGACGUCGCUGUCAAAGCCCUCCGCUGGGCAGGGACCUCCGGGUUAAUAGUCUUCCUUCAGUUCUGGUUCUCCAAGACGCCGAUUUUCACAUUACCUCCCAGCUGGAUUCCAUGGCAGGUCGAGUGGGUAUUGUCAUUUCCCCGCGCACCGAUGGGAACUGUGAGUAUACAAGUCUGGGGUGGUGCCUGUGCUGUGGUGGUUGCUUUGAUAGGCGAGGCGAUCGGGGCUACAGUGAGAUAUUUAUAUGCGUCUAAGGACUCAAUGGAAGCGAUAAAGGUUGGCGCUGGUGCGGUAGAGAAAGAAAAGAAAAGACAAUGA